GAAGUAGAGUCGUGAGUUUCUCUCCGCUUUCACUUUCUGCCGAAACUUCAACCAAAAACGCCGAAGCAGCCUCCCCUUGAAGUCUGGGGACGAACUGGGGCGUUUUCACGCCGCUGCGAACCUGCGUGUCUGUGCCCGAGUCCGUCACUUACCCUCAACAACCAGAAUAUAGGGGUAAAUAAAUCAGCAGCACAGGAUUUCUCUGGAGUUGCCUCUCUGGAGGGGUCGAGGAUGGAAGAUGCAGAUCACGCCCGGUGGGGGGAGCUGCUAAUGUGUCCGGUGUGUCAGGACACCUUGAGGGAUCCCCGCCAGCUGCCCUGUGGACACAGCAUGUGCAUGGACUGUCUGACCGACCUGCUGGACCACUCCACGGACUCGCCGUUCCGCUGCCCGGGCUGCAGGGCGGACUUUGGGCAGGUCGUGGAGCUGCAGAAGAGCUACGCCUUGGCCAGCAUCGCAGAGGACUUCAGGUUGAUCAAGAAGAGGAGGGAGACGCUGGCUGAAUGCGUCUACUGCGACUGCUGCCCCGAGACAAAAACUGCUGCCUUCAAGUCCUGCCUGAAGUGCGAGGUGUCGCUGUGCAGGGAUCACGCCAAGGACCACUUGGAGCUGCGGGCGUUCACCGGACACCCCCUGGUCGAUCCGCUCAGCGACCUGCUGGAGAGGAAGUGCCCGCAGCACGGGGACCAGGUGCUGCGGUACUACUGCAGCUCGUCCAGGCGCUACGUCUGUAACCUGUGCGCCCUGGAGAGCAAGCGGCUCGGCUCGGCCUCGGACGCCUCCGCCGUCCUGCGACGACAGAUAACUGACCACAUGGACCAGCACUUUCAAACGCUCCAGCAGCAAAUGAAAGAGUCUAUAGAUGCUGUAAGCAGCCAACAUGAGAAACAGAAAGGAAACCCUCUUGAUCGUCUCAACGGCGUCACGGUGGUCCUGCUCUUCCUGUGGUUCAUAGUCCUCUACUACGCCUACAGCUACUCUGUGGAGAACCAGACACUGGCGGACGCCCUGGAGAGGCAGCAGAGCCGUGUGCAUCACAUUUAUUCCAGCAUUGCAGGACACAUGGCUGAUCAUCCUCUGAAGAGGCGUUCAGGAGACAAAGACGAAGGGACCGUCAUGUUGGACCUGGACACCGCCAGUCGUCUCCUUGGGCUUUCUGCCGACCUCCGGACAGUGGAGCGAGUCAAAGCGGCGCUGCAUUAUCCCAACAGCGACGGCCGCUUCGACCAAGCCCCGCAGGUGCUCUCCGCCCCGUGCUUCUCCUCCGGCGCCCACGUCUGGGAGGUGGAGGCCGAGGGCUGCUGGGACAUCGCCGUCUCCUACCGGAGCGCCCCGCGACGGAGCACAGACGGUAGCUGCGCAUUCGGACGCAACUCGGAGUCCUGGAGCCUGUCCCACAGCGGGCAGGGCGAGCUGUUCGCCUCCCACGGCGGACAACAAACCGCUCUGUCCGGAUCGCUGCGCGGCAGCAGAAUAGCGGUGGAGGUGAACUUUGAGGAGGGCAGGAUCGCCUUCAGCGCCGUGGGCUCCACCGAGACGCUGCUGCACGAGUUCCAGGCGGAGCUGACGCAGCCUGUGUGUUUGGGUUUGGGCCUCCAUCAUGUUGACCCGCCCAGCAGAGCCUCCAUUGUGAAGGUUUCAUGAAGCAGCGGACGCAAAAUACAUGGAGCCUGGCAGCUCAUUACAGCUCAGGAACAAAUAUUUCAAGAGGUUUUUGCACAAGUAAACUUUUCUAGGUUUUGAUUUUUCACAAUAUUGAAUGUAUAAUUCAAAACAAGAUUUUUUAUUUUUUUAUAUAAUGAACCAAGGUUUUUUGUUUAUUAAGCCUUUCAAAGUUGUUUUGAUAGUUUUACUUUGAGAAUAAUGCAAUUCAUUUUCUAAUAAAUUUUUAAAAUCACUGAUUUGAUUCUUUAUGUAUAACGAUUGAGUAUUAGGGCCAUAUUAAAAAAAAAAAUAAAUAA